UUUCGAUGUUUAGGUCAGAAUCAAGUUGAGGUGUCCAUCGUGGGAGAGCCGUACCAACAUUUAGAACUGACUGCUGUGGUUCGAGCUUGGGGCAGAUGUGUGCGGUGAGGGGCCUGGAGUGUGUUUGCGUGGUUUGUGUGGUUUACCGAGGUCGAAUCGCCAUGAAUGCCAAUGUUCUGCGAAUUUGGCUGCGAUCCGCAACCUGCAACACUGGCAGUCCGACAAAUGCUUCUUGAGUAGCUCAAGCCUGUAACGCUGUCAAACCUAUUCGAUGCAGGAGAGGGAAGAUAAAGGUGCAAUUCCGCAACAAUGGAUUCUAGCUCGGCUGCAGAACACGAUCCUUCCACCGCGGUAGAGAUGCCUCCUGCAACCAGCGAUGCCAUCUACCGGCACCUGCGGUCCUACCCUUUCGACACGGACGAAGAGUAUCAGGCCGGGUUGUCCGCUAUCCUUGGUCAUCCCGAGACACCGGCGACCCCAGAGGAACUUGAAGAGAAGGCGGAGUUGGUUUUACAAACGCGGUGUUUCUACUUCGCAAGGAAAUUCAACAUUGGCCCAAUAGACCCCGUAGCCUACUCGGCAUGGGUGCAUGCUCAUGGCGAGCCUCACCAUCUGCCUGUCGCAGAACCGCCCCACGCCCAUACCGCAGAGGAGACGAGCUCAUCAACAGCUCAGACAUCCUCAGCUCAACCACCUACGGAAACCUCGUCCUCCGAACCUGAACCCGAACCACCAUAUCCCACCUCUUUUGCCGCGAUAGUGGACCUGAUCACACGCAAUAUUCCGAUCCCGGGAAUCGAACAGAUCCCGGAUACCGUCUUAGAACCUGGAUCGAGCAAAGUCGACAAAACUCCUCGCAGGAAAAAGCCGUGGGAAAAGGAUGCAGCAGAAAAUGUUGAUCAACCGGCAAAUGCUUCAGAAGGUCCGUCAGCACAAGGAGAGCAGCCAGAGUCCACGACCAAACCAGUGGAUGUCAAUGGAAUCAAAGAGACUGGACAGGGCGUCGUUAAUAUUCUGAAGCCGAAUGCUGUAUCUGAGAGCAACCUCUUGAGCAAGGAAUGAGAUUAAACCUCUCUGGACCACAGGACCAGAUGCCCAAGAGUUUCCAAGUGGACUAUUGCUCGCACACUCCGCCAUGCUGUUCAACGUUAUCUGAAUGCCGGCGAGGACCUACUCAGAACAUUGAGGGCCUCAACAAUCGCACCUGGCCAUACCCGAGCAGUCGACAUGGCGUUUGGGCGGCAUUGGGAAGCCUAAUUUCUGCUGCUGUCCCGAGCAGCGACGCCCAUCUCAAUCCGCUGCCAAGGGUCGACACACUCGCUGGUAUGUUGAACAACCCAACUCAUGUGCAAGGCCAUGCCUACCUAGGGGGUUUCUCUGCGUGGGAUAGGUUGGAGCGGAUCACGCAACGAGGACAUUUUGUUAUGUCUGGACAUCAACCUGGCGCCUUAUGGGCUACUAUCGCUCCUCCUGGUGGGCAGGUGGGCAGGUGGCCAGGCCACACUCACGUGCUGGAGUCGUGAUAGCAUGGAGCUUUACCCCUGAGAUGUUGGGCUCAAGAUACCUUCACUGCAGGACAUUCUGCGAACAAGGUGUCGGUCUGGUUUUCCUUUGAGGAUGUCCCGCUUCCAUGGCCAAUCAGGACCGUCCGUGAGCGAGUACACGUCGCCUCGCGGGGCCCGAUGCCUGACGAACAGUACGUACCUGGGACUGGGUCUUUGGAGCAAAGGCAAGGUUGGGAGCCGAAUCCUGAUCGACUGAGAGAUCACAGCAGGAUGGAAGAACGAUGCUGCUUGAGGCUUAGAACAAGUCAUGCUCUUACCGCCCUUGCUUUUACCAUGCCUGGGGAAGCACUCUCUAGCUGUGGAGGUCCAAGCUGUGGGUGACUUAGCCAGAGCUGGCGUUAGGGAGUCGUAAGCACUGCGGUACAAUGAGGAACGGCCCUUCCAAAACACCGGCAGGCGGUCUGUCGGGCAAUUUGUAGGUCACGAUCUAUGUUAGAUGACAGAGGUACCAUCGCGAUCCAGAGAUUAUGACUGUAGGGAUGAUCCUUGAAGAAGGUUUCUGGAAAUGGAGUCCGUGGAGGAGCCGACCAAACAAACACUGGCGAAAUCGCGAUGUCGGUCGCGCGAACGUUGUUGAUGUAUGUGGGACCCGUGCAAGCCGACGCAAGCAGGCCUACGAACAAUUGCACGGCGAGUGACGCGGCUGGCUGAUUCGGCGGCCAGGAGCUCGUUUGAACUCGUUUGUGCCGACGGAGCCUGCCCCAAAGCAGUAGUAUCUCCACGAAAGCAACGAUAUCCCUGCAGAAGAACAAUACCUGUCAGCAGCUUCGUUAUCCUUGUGGGAACUUGCCUUGUGGCCGUCAGUCUUGGGACCUCAUCCCCGCUUGGGCCCAUGAUUCUCACGUCGACUAGCUUUGUCAACGGUUGUCAUUCGAAGAACAGACAUCUGUCAAACCGAGACUCAAUAAUCAGGUGUGCGUGCACCUAAGUACUGGUACCAGUAUCUAGGGUGUAGGAAGGUGCUGCGCCUUGGACAACCUGGGAAAGGGGGUGAUACCAACUCCAAUCGCUGAGAGGGUGUGCAUCCGCGGACGAUCUGGCAAUCCGCUUGCACUAUUCGGAAUCGGGAUCAUUGGGUUCCAUUCAUGCACACGUACACGUUGUAUGUUUGCAAUUGAACCCCACCAUGUCUCCAACGGUAUGCUUCAAACGCGUGGGUCACUUCUUAGGUUGAGCUGAGGCCCACGUUCCAGCGCAGGACGAUUCGUAAGUGACAUAUCCGUAAGUUUGCGUCGGAAAUCCAGGCCUCCGGGACAGAUCUUAACGGAGAGAGGGCAGUAAAGCUGUCAUGCUGGAAGAGAUAGGACGUGUAAUGCGCUCCAGAAACUGCGCUCCAGAAACUGCGCAAUCUGCCGUUUCAGGCGACGUACCCUGUAUAGGACGGGGGACUGAGGUCGGACGAUGGGCGUCGCAAGGACUUGGAGUUUGCUGAGGCCAGCUCGGUCUCCAUUACCUUGGAUGGGAAUUCGGACAGUUGUACAGUAGUACAAUAGUACAUCAGGGCUUUGGUUGGAUUGAAACCCCUGCACUGCCACGAUGGCUGACAAGAGCCUGAGAACAGACUCGAUGGCCAGGAGCAGGGUUCUUCCCGGCCAGGGUACAGUACUGUUAUGCGAUCGCCAUUGGACUUCCCAAG